UUCUACUCGUGCUGGUUAAAGUUCACAGAUUUACGCCCCGCAUUUAAAGUCAAAAAGUGAAGUGGUUUCUUUUAGUCGAACUUCUCAAAGGGAAACGAUAACACUUACUUAACUGCAGCGUGUUCAAAUCUCGUGCAAAACGGAUAUUUCGCCUUUGCUUUAUCAAUGUAAUUAAUCUGGUUGCAGCGUCUGAUUAAACACUCGAGAUUUCACGACUGUUGUACGUACCUAGAUCAGUGAUGGAGGAGGAUGUAGGGAACCCUGUGGCUAAGAAGACUAAAGAGGAGUCUGGAAGUGUCCUUCUCACCUACUUCCAAGGAGACAUCAACAGCAUGGUGGAUGAACAUUUCUCCCGUGCUCUGAGUCAAGCAAAUAAACCGAAGAGGGAACCCUCUAAAAUCAAAAUAAACCCUAAAGUUGCACAAACAAAUGGACCUUCAAGUCAAUGGGAAGCAGAGUCAGAAACCAGGUUUCAGCCCUUGUUUCCUGCAGAACAUCUCAGACAAGGAACAAGCAGCGAAUCUCAAACAAACCAUCGUAUGCCAACAAAUCACCCUGCUAACAGUCCUAUUGUCUGGUCAGGGAAUUCUAGGCAGGGACUGAGUCUCGCUUUGCCCCCCAUGAUGUACCCCUCAGCUGUAUCCUCUGAUGGUUUGAUGGUGGCAGAACAUCACUACUCUAAUUCUCUGUUAAAUUUCCUCCACAACGAUCACCCCAACAUGGGCACAGCUGUGCUAAACUCCACUAAACAAGACCUUACGUCAGGGUGGACCAAGUAUCCUGGAUUUGGGGAUCAGAUAACUGAUAUCAGUCUUAACUCUGGUGUACAGGUGAUUGAGAAAAAGGAUCUUUAUUGGUACUGACAUUGAUUGUUAUUUGAGAUUUAAAAGGAAGAACAAAGAAGUCUUUCAUGACUUUUUCGUUUAACUGAACAAGUGACUAAUGGACCUUGCAAUGCUUCACCUGGAGGCGUCUCUAAAUCCAACCUGUUCAGAAACAAGCUCUUCAUGUACCACAGCACAGAAGAUUGUACAAGAGAUUGGCCUCAGGCUCUAUGGUUGAAGACGCUUUACACGCACACAGAAACACACUAAAUCUGUGUUUUUACAGAUUUUUCUUAACUGGUAUUUGUAGAGUGUCAGGUUUUGUUUGUUGUUGUUGUUUUAUAGCAAACAUCUGAUAUACUUGUUCGUUGCAUUUAAUUUUUCAGAAGAUUUUAAAAAUGAUUACAAACAUCAUACAAUGAUUACAUAAAGAAAUAUAUAAAUGUAAAAUAAUUAGGUAUAAAUAAAAAUUAUAAAUAGGUUUUAUAUUGGCUUUGUUAUAAUUUAGUAAAGUGCAUAAGUUUUAAUUUGAAGUUUGCACAAAUCAUAUUUAUUCUUAUUUCAUUUAUGCUUAGAUGAGAGCAUUAUGCAACUUGUCUAUACUGGCAUUUGUCAAAUUCAGCCAGACAAUACUGUAGUUUUAAUGGAUGAACAGCCUUUGAUGUCAACAACAAAAGAAAGUUUUCUCCUCUCUUUUAAAAAAUAAAAGCAUACUUAUUUUGCUAUCUUAAAUAAGCACAAUUAUACAGUUAGUCACAUUUUAUUAUGGGCAUUGUUGCUACUUCAUCAGAACUGCAAGACCAAGGUCACAAACCUACUUGAAAAUCACU